GGAACAUGGGUUUCCUCGGGACUGGAAGUUAUCCUUUGCAAUCAAAUAUGGCUCAGACUUUCUUUCAAAAAUCAAACCAAACAGUUGAAACUAUGCUCAAUUUACGACAAAAUCAUGAAGUGCCAAAAAUUUUUGCAACAAAACCAAAGAAAAAAUUGCAACGAAAAGUCUGCAAGCACAAAAGCAUUCCAGCUGAAGAGUUUAUUCCUAUCAAAGUUAAUUCUGAGAGUGUGAAAAGUAAUAAUUCCUCAUCAGUUGUAAAGCCAAUUCCUAAAGAUCCCAAAUUAUUAAGACCAAUUGUUAUUGAUGGAAGUAAUAUAGCCAGGGAGCAUGGGAAGAAAAAUAACACAUUCUCUUGCAAAGGUAUCAAAUUAAGUAUUGAAUAUUUUCUACAACGAGGUCACACACAAGUUACAGCUUUUGUACCAAAUUUUCGAAGGCAUUGUACAUUUGGACCCGUUGUCACAACAGAUCAACCAAUUUUAGAAGAUCUUGCCAGAUCAGGCCAUGUUGUCUUUACCCCCUCAAGGAAGGUGAAUGGAAAAAGAGUUACGUGCUAUGAUGAUAGAUUUAUUGUUGAGCUGGCAUCUAAAACGGGUGGAGUUAUACUUUCAAAUGAUAACUACAAAGACCUGAUUGGUGAAAAUGAAUCUUUCAAAAAAACUAUUGAAGAGAGAUUAUUAAUGUUUUGCUUUGUGGAUGACAUUUUAAUGAUACCUCAAGAUCCCUUAGGUCGAAAUGGACCAUGUUUGGAGGAGUAUUUGUCUUUCCCUGAAGACUAUAAAUAAUUUGUGCUCAUUUUAUAAAAUUUGUACAGAUUUA